AUGCUGGACCUCGCUGCCGUCAUGCGAAAAAUGCAAGACAAGCAGAAAGAUAAUCUGCUCAAAGCUUCGGCCCAGUUUUUGUAUUUUCACAACGAUUAUGUCCUUAAAAAGUUGAUAAAGACGUUGGAUUCGAUUUGUGGGAUCGAAAAGGUUGAUUGAAGAAUAAGAAGAAAAAAUAACGAGAGAGAUUUUCCAGAUGAUAAAAAAUCCAGCGACGCGGAAAAAGUAUGGAUUGCUUCGAAAAGUUGGCUCCUUCGAAGAACUUGGAACUGACCGAGAAUUGAAACGUUUUGCGGAGAUUCAUGUACGGGGGAAUUUCCUUCAUUGAAAGCUUUUUUCGAAGGAUAAUGUUGAUGACUUUUCAGUGUGUCUGCGUUCUAAAAUUACUGAUCGGAUGUAACCAUAUACAUGUUCGUCAAUUCAUUCGAAGAUACCUUAACUACAAAAAAAACGUUUCGCUCUGGUAAGCCUUUGUUUAAAAAAUCGAGACAAAAACAAUUUUUCAGGCCCCGCGGUCACCUGCUUGAAUUGUCGGCGAGGUUAAAAAGUUUCAAUUUCGGAUAUAAUGUAGUAAAAAAACAAUUAGAGGGAUUUUGAUUCUUGAAAAAGGCUCCAUGAACUCGUCGAAAACCUUCACAACUAUCUGCUUUUUUUCAAAAGUUCGAAACGGACCGUCAUUGUGAAUGUCCUCGAAAAUCACUAAAAAUUUCAAUUUCAGUUUCACCGAACCGCUUUCGAAAGUGUUGGCGAUGGAUUUUGAAGAUCAGUUUAACUGGUUGAGCGACUUGAAAGCUCGAGAUGAAGGAAGUUACAUGGUACAACGCAGCAGUCUGACUGUACUUCUAACUCAUGGCCUUCAAAAUAUCUGCGUCGCUAUGGAGAGGGUUUCGUCAUUCAAAUAUUCUCCCUAAUAAUUAGAAUCGUGAUGUUAAGGCUCAGAAAGAAGGCGUCAAAGAUUAUACUUAUGAGGAGAAGUGCGAUAAAUUCUUCGAUUACGGCUUGCUAAUACUUUCAAAGGUCAAACUUUCGUGAUCGAUACAGAAGUGAAAAUUUGUUCAGAUUUGCGAGUUUGGGUACUACCGGCUCGACAUAUUUUUUCGGGGAAAUCUUGAGACCGAAGUAAGCGAAAAAAUUCGAUAGAAAAUGAAACUAAAAUGACAUAGUUCAAGGCGUUUUAUAAAGGAGUUCUUUUUAGUUUUCUUUAGACUUUUUUGUCAAAAAGGGUCAAUAACUUGAGGUUGAACCAACAAAUGAGACUAUUUUCAUUAGAUGUAGUUUUCUAGUCUGCUUCUAAGGCUCAAAAUCGGUCAAAAAGGUCUGUGAAAAGAGAUUUGAGCGCUUGGAAGUUUAAAAAAAAUCAAUGCUCAUUUUCGGAUUGUAGAAAAGAUCCGCUUCUGUGAAAUAAGACCAUGCGCUCCUGAGAAAAAACUUAUUUUCAAAUUUUAUAUCGACUCCUCAAUUUACAGCCGAAAUUUGAUGGUUGAUUAGUGGACAUAUCAAGUUUUUUGGUCAAAAUGAAACUUUAGCAAGCUUCAAACGAACUAAACGUGAUGAAAAGUAUAUCUUACAGCAGAAUUUUGUGAAAAAAAAAACCAUAUUGUAGUCAUUUUAAGGUCCGUCGGUUCGUGCGAAUUCUCAAACUAGUCAAGAUUCUCCCGUUUCAUUCUUCACGCUUUAUGAAGUAAUUUGUUUCAAACUUCCAUUCAAAAUAGAACCAAUCAAUUCAGUAGCCCCACGAUGAUACGGAUUUUCUCCCGGGCUGGUGCCAAUAUAAACGCCAAGAACAGCAUUGGACAAACGGCUCUGGAAGUUCAUCACUUUAACUAUUUCGUUGUGAAACGCAAGCAGUACCACAAAGCGUGAGGAUUUCCUUUCUAUUCGUAUUUUCGAGAUUUUUCAGUUCUUGGCUAGCUCUUCACGAGUUCGUGCGGAACGGAGCACGUGUUUUCGUCAGCCAAAAUGACGAACCACUCCUGGUUGGCUUAAAUAAGGUGGAGCGAAUGUGCAAGGAUAAGAACGUUAUUGCUUUCAGUAAGUUGUUUUUUUCUUAUCUUAGUAUUGCCGAUAAUGAGCUGGCAAGUUAUCAAAAAGCCUUGGAUAUUAGUAGAAACAUGAAACCGCCACAGUCAAAGUUUAAAAUUCCUUAAAAAGUAUCUGAAAAAGGGCGUAAAUCAGUUCUUCUUUGGCUUAGGGUCAGAAGAAUAUUUUCUUAAGAGGAUCAAAAAGCUGCAGCAAAUUAAUUUGGGAGUAUACGAUAGAGCAGGUAGCCUGGAACCACUUAGGCGGCGGAUUGAAACCUCUCUUUAAAAAAAGUUAAAAAAAGUGACUAAAUAGUUAAUAAUAUAAUCAUUAUAUAUUUGGCUCUUCUCAAAGUAGUUAAAAGGAGCUCCUUGUACCUUCUCAAAAAUCUCCAGCUACCAAUCUCCCGUCUCAAAAAUGGCCCCUUCGCCCUGAGCUAUGUUUGAAGGACAAACUGACACCCCCCAAGGAUUUUUCGUUCAUUAUUUUUUUCUAAAUAACUUCCAUCCUUAAAAUUGCUCAUUUUCAGAUAGCUUCAUCACUUUGAAGGACAUGGCCGCAAGAGCGGUUGAAAAAAACUUUUCGCAAGAAUUUAUUCGUGAAGUUCUACCCGCGGAUGUCAUAGACUAUCUCGAAAUGGAAUUUUAGCUCAUCUACAUUGUUUCAUGCUCCUAUGUGUAUAUAAUCAAUCUCAGUUUCCUUUCAUUCACGGAGAAGAGAAAUAAGGGUUCACUAAAGUGAUUUCCAACUGCCCGAUUCGCUUCUCUUCAAUAUUUCCUUUCAUUUUUUGCGUUGUAUUUUGAUCUUUUCUGUUUGCCAGCUUGUAAUUUACUGAUUAUGAGGAAGCUUCUUUAUCGUUCCUCGGAAAAAAAGGUCCAGAGUAGUUGAUAGAUAAUACUAGAUAAAUUGAUUUCUUGCGUGUUAAGCGAAACUGAUAACGCUCAUCGGAAGUGUCUUAUAGAGAUUUUUUGUCUUUUGGCGAUAACGUAAGUCGCCUGAGUACUCAUAAUUAGUUAUUUUACUAAUCACUUGCAUAAUAAUUUGAAGCUUCGAAGGCCUUUUCACAAUCAGCACGACUGAUAAGAUUUCGACUUACAUUUUGGGGGCUCUGAAGUUACGUUUAUUUAUAAGAGACCGAGAGAUUGCUUCAAAACAGAAGAUACCGUUUUUUUCAUAUUUAUGCCUUAGUGAGUAGAUGAAAGCUCAAUUGAGUUAACUCUGUUAAAAUUCUCCCGAAAAACUCUGUAGCGGUUUGAAACUGUCUGCUUGUGAUGCCUUUGAACUAUAUGAUACACUUUCCCUUCCGGCUGAAGCAGAAAAGUCCAACUGUCCUCGUUCAAAAACUAUGUAGAUGCCCUAUCGAUCGCUGAUGUUCGCGAUUGCCUCCGAGCGAAACUGUCGCGACUUUGGGAGCCGUCAGAAACCUUUCAGAAGGAAAGGGCGAGCCAACCUCGUCUCCGAGCGGAAGAGACAAUACAGUCAUCUGAGAUAUAACGCGACAGACGUCUAG